UGCUAUAAAUUUGAGAAUUCAAAGAAACCAAAACCGUCAACUCCUCUCUUUUAACUUUUAAGCAUCUCUCCCCCCUCCAAGAAGAUAUCGAAAAAAUGGCAAACGUCUCCGCCUUGCUCACGAUAGCUCUCCUCCUUUGCUCCACGCUAAUGUGCAGUGCCCGUCCCGACCCGACCUUCACCGUCACUAUCACAACUGCUGCCGCGGAUCCAUGUAACAUGGAAAAAAAGAUGGAAGGAAAACUAGAUGAGAUGGUAGAAGAGAACUGUGGUGCCAACGACGAAGAUUGCUUGAUGAGAAGGUCUUUGGUCGCUCAUACUGAUUACAUCUAUACCCAGAAGACGAAGAAGAAUCUUUGAUUUUCGCUAAUUUAUUUCUAACAAACAUUGGCUCUUGGUUAUAUAUAUGAUUUAUGUCAAUGCCAUCCUUAAAUUAGUCAUUAUCACAUAGAUAAUCAAGAUAGUUAUCGUCGUGAUUAUAAUAUGUAUUACAUAUGUGAUAUGAUAAAACUAGAAUGGUAUAUGAUUUAGAAGUUUGAGGAGUUUGACAAUAAAGAAAUAAAUCUGAGUGAUUCGUAAUA